UUACUAAGUGAAAAUUGAUUGUUUGUUUUGAGGAUUGCGAUAAAUGUUAAAAUUUACUAGACUCUUCAUAGUGAUGCAAUAAAGUAUUCGAAAAAACUGCAGUGUAUUCUUAGGUUCUGUUUCCUAUUGAAGAACAGAAAAAAUUCCAAGCAGUAUGUUCUAAACGAAAUAUAAAAAAAAAUUGCAAAAAUGUCACGACAAAAGUGUAUUAAUAAGUCUGUUCCAUUAAUAUAUGAUGAAGCAUGUUUGGAUAUAGUAUCAACCAGCCCGGAAAAUCUUUUUAUACAUGGUCAAUCCGCUGAAUGUUUUUUGUGUGAUACAAAACCCUUAGCUGAGGUUGAACCUUUUGGUAAUACAUCCAUUUUGAUAAAUACAACUUAUGCAUACAAAUUAGAUUUCGAGGAUAAUCAACAUUUACAAUGGUGCAAUGAAUUUUAUAAGUUUGAAGAAAAUGGUAUUUAUGGUUGGAAUGUAUCAAAUCGAAGUUGUUCUAGUAUAUAUAUUAAAGAAGCACCCGAUAAUGCAUUUUUGCCACUUAUCGGAGCAUUUAUAGUUUUUCUAUUAUUCGGUACAAUUUGGUAUGGAAUCAAAUGUAUUUAUCGAUCUGGUUGUACAUCUUCAUUACGUCAUAGAAUUGCCAAAUUUUCAGAAUUAGAAAAUGAUUUGGGAAGUCCUUUGCCGGUGGCAUCAACAUCAUCUACACCACCACAAAUUAAAAAACGUCCUGGUUCCGGGCGAAUUAAAUCUUUGGAUGUAUUUAGAGGCUUUACUAUUGUACUUAUGAUUUUUGUUAAUUAUGGCGGCGGACAAUAUUCGUUUUUCAAACAUUCAGUUUGGAAUGGUUUAACCGUUGCAGAUGUAGUAUUUCCAUGGUUCGCAUGGAUUAUGGGCGUAAGUACAGCACUAUCCGUACGUUCAUCUUUACGUGCCGGUGUAUCAAGACGAAAAUUAUGGCGUCAUGCGUUUGUUCGAGCUAUAUCACUAAUUAUUAUUGGAAUCUCAUUAAAUACUGUCUCAUCUUAUUCGCAACAUAGUGGUGAACGAGAAAUUGAGCGUAGCAAUACAUUAUUGUUAGAUCAUUGGGGUACAGAAUCAUCACAAAGUUCCAGGGAUCCACAUAGUAUUGAAAAUCUUCGUAUACCUGGUGUAUUACAACGUCUUGCAGUGUCUGGAUUUUUUGUGGCAAUUUUAGAAAUUAUGUUUAUGCAACUUCAUGCAUCGCUUGAGUGUUUCUGUUUUCAGAAUUCUCGAUUAUACAUGUUUUCGGAUAUUAUUGAGUCUUGGCGACAAUGGUUCGUUGUAACUGCCGUAGUACUUACACAUACAUGUAUUACAUUCUUAAUGUCCGUACCUGGGUGUCCAACUGGAUAUUUAUGGCCAGGUGGUUUACAUCAUUACGGCGAAUAUUCAAAUUGUACGGGCGGUGCAGCUGGAUAUAUUGAUCGUUUAGUGUUUGGUCCAAAUCAUUUGUAUUUGCGUCCUACUUUCAAGAAAAUAUACGAAACUGAUGUGCCUUACGAUCCUGAAGGUUUAUUGGGAACCUUGACAUGCAUUCUUUGUGUAUAUUUGGGAGUUCAGGCUGGUCGAAUAAUGUUAACUUACAACACACCAAAGGCUCGUAUAGUUCGCUUGCUGGCUUGGGGCAUUUUCACGGGACUUCUUGGUGGAUGGUUAUGUAGUUUCUCAGAAAAUAAAGGACCAAUUCCAAUCAACAAGAAUUUAUGGUCUCUAUCAUAUGUGCUGGUUACAUCUGGAUUAGCUUUCUGUGGUUUAACCAUUAUCUAUAUUCUGGUUGAUAUUACAAAACAUUGGGGUGGUCGUCCACUAUUUUAUCCUGGAAUGAAUUCGAUUUUCAUUUAUAUUGGACACGUAUUAACUAAGAACAUGUUUCCAUGGGCAUGGUCACCAAAAUAUUAUACUCAUCGUGAAUUUGUUUUCAUGAAUUUAUGGGGUACAUUUUUAUGGGUUGCAAUCGCCGUAUUCUUAUAUAAAAAGCGAAUUAUUUUAAAACUAUAAAUAAAUAGUAUACAAGCCAAUAUUUUUAUGUCAUUAUUUGUCUGUUUUAAUCCUUCAGAUUGUUCGUUUUCCGUACCACAAUAAUUACUCUUGUGAUGAGGCAAAAUCUCAAGCUAUUGCGCAAGCGUUUACAAUAUGUUUUUAGAUUGCAUAUGUUUACAUGUAAAAAUACAUUAAUUCAUUCAAAUUUACUUAUUUAUUAAAUGUUCUUGGUAGAUAGUGUCACUUAUUAAAUAUCUUAUUAUAAUGAUUACUUAUCACAUUUUAUUUAUCUGUUAUCUGUCAUUGAAAACAUAGUGUAUCUACGGAGCCAUCCGAAUUGCUUUUUUCUAACCGACUUUACUGAAGUGAUGAGAAAUACUCUCACAGCUGUUAAUAAUCUUUUAAUUGAAAAUUUUGGAGAAAAAUCGUUUUAAAAUAAGUAUGAGUGGAUUUCUGUAUGCAACCAUUCUGAAGGGUUAAAUAUAAUCAAGAAUAUUCGAAAAUUUAAAACUAUUUUUCUAUUUAAGUGUGGUAAUAUUUAGUCGUAAUGAUAUUUUUGAAAAAAGAUUAAAUUUUUAAAAGACUGUUUGGCCUUUAAGUUUUAUGCAGAUGGUAUUAUUGGAAUGAUGUUAAGCUGAUUUACAUUCAUAUUUUUAUGAAACAACCAUGUAGGCAUUUUUUU